CAUGUCUACUCUUCGCCUCCCAGAUGAGGUUUGCGAAGAAAUUAUCGACAGCUGCCGCAGCUUCCUCGACGGCGGCGACUGGCCGCCCGAGGAGUCUUACCAAGUCCUUCGCUCAUGUAGUCUUACAUGUCUAGCCUGGCUGCCUCGUAGCCGCCUCCGAUUGUACUCCGUACUGCUUUUUCGACGCCACCGCGACGUGGGAUCGUAUCUGGAGACCCUCGCGGCCUACCCCUUCCUCGGAGAUCUCCCCCGAACUAUGGUCAUCAACUCAACGGAGGAGUAUAUCCCGUUCGCAAGCGAGGAACUAGCUCAGAGACUUCCUAAUAUUCGCACGCUGUGGCUCGCCGUCGGCGGGGCCCUCUACUCGUCGAAGUACCUCGCCAUGGCUGGGCAGUAUUCGAUCACCCAGCUCUACACCCACUUCGAGCCCACAACCAAGAAUAUCGCUCAUCUGAUGCGGCUCCUGCUCAACCUUCCGAAUCUCAGGCAGCUCCACAUGGCGUCCACUUCGCACGGGCGCAUCCUGAAGCCGGCGUCGCUUUGCCCGCCCUUGUCCGACGCGGAUGUCCUCCGGACGACCCCUCCGGCUAGACAGCCCCCGGUCCGCUCCAUCGUGCUGACAACACUUGAAAUAGAGGCCAGCUGGUACGAAAUCUUCAGCAUCCCAUCACCGAUGGUAUUUAGCGCAUCUGUGGUCGAGCUGUCCAUUCGCUGCUUGACCACACGAUCGCCCCACUAUAGGCACGAGUUACUAGGGCUGCAGGGGCUGCAAACUUACAUAUCGCUCCUCUCGUCGCUCAAGACGUUGGUCCUCAUAGUCGAGCCCGAGAGCCUCCACCACAACGCGCUCGGCGACUCGGCCGACGGUACUGUGUUCUACCCGUGGAUCACUUCUGCACUCUCCCGAGCACGAACACAUACCAUGCUAAACACCGUAUGCCUGCGGUUCUGGCGCCCGCUAUCAGUCUGGAGGUCCGCCCCGCUGAGCCGCUACGGCUUUCUGGAGAUGCUCGCAACCCGUGCCCUGGAAGACGCCCUCCGCGACAUACCCAACCUGUCUCAACUCGCCGUGGAGCUCCCGGCAGGCCCGGGGGAUCCCUUAGACGUCUGCAGCUGGUGGGAGACGGAGCUGCGCAAACGCUUCGGGCGGCUCAACUUGAAGGCCCAAAUUUCGGUAGCAGUGCACCCCAGGUCCGACGCGCUCUCGCAGGAAGCAUGCCGUCCAAUAUGGGUGGAUUUCAGUGAGGAGACUCCCGAUGCGUAUCGA